AUGCUAAUGUUGUCACGAAGGUUCAAACCCCACAGAGGAUGGAGAGAAGAGGACAAAGGAGGAGAAGAGGAAGAAGAGGAGGGCAUGAAGCAUGAAGGUUCAAACCCCACAGAGGAUGGAGAGAAGAGGAAGGAGGAGAAGGAGAAGAGGAAGAAGAGCAUACCCCACAGAGGAUGGAGAGAAGAGGAAGGAGGAGAAGGAGAAGAGGAAGAAGAGGAGGGCAUGAAGGAGGAAGGAUGUGCGUUACUGCUGGGGAUGAGGUCCCUGUUUGGUGGAGCGUCCCCAGUGGUUGGGCGGAGCGGGCCGGGGUCGGGCGGUGCGGCGGUUGGGCGUGGGCGGCGGGCCGGGAGCUACAGGGCGACGACUAGGGAGAGGAGCGGCGGCUGGGAGUUGAGCGGCGGGGGCCAGGGCGGAGGCUGCAUGGCAGCGGGCUGCAGGCUAAGCAGGGAGUUGGGGCUACAGGCGGCAGCGAUGGCGGGCGCAGGGAGAGGCGGCGGCUGGGGACGCGGGGCUGCUGGGAAGCGGCGGCCGAAGAGCAGCAGGGCCGUUGGAGGGUGUCGGGCGGUGGGGAGAAGACAUUUUAGGCAGGCAGGGGCCGCAGGCAGCGGCGACGGAAGCUUCCAGCGGCGGCGAUGCAGAAGGUGGCAGGCGUAG